AUGGUGAGACGGGCCGGGAGCAUGAAAACCGGUUGCAACUUCCAUCUGAUCGGAACAUACAGAAAGAGGUUACGAUAUUGGGAGCUAAGGGUUGGACAUGCUCAGCAUAACCAUGAACCCUUUCUGUAUCCAGAGGGUCAUCCGUCCGUAAUCAGGCUGACUCGAGAAGAAGAGAGGACGUUGGAGCAAUUGAUGCACCAGAAUAUGAAACCACGAGACAUUCUCAAUAUCAUUAAAGAACAGAACCCCGAGAAUGUCUCAACAAGAAACACCAUAUACAACUCCCAUGCCAAAUUGGGUCGAAUUCAGCAAGCCGGCGAGACACCAAUGCAGAUAUACUUCUCUAGCGUUUGA